AUGAAUUCUGCGCUGUUGUCCCUGCAAGCGAAGGGGACUUCAAAGCUAGGCCAAGCCAAGUCAAGUGUUAUUGUUGCGUUGAAGGCAAUGUGGUCAAAGGACAAGUUAGCGAAGCUAGAACAACGACUUCAGCAAAUUCGAUCUGAAAUGACCAUGGCAAUGCUGGUAGUCCUCUGGGAGAAAGAAAGACGGCGAGAUGACAAAGGCGACAGUGAAUUGAAGAACCAGAUCGAAGAAAUAUCAAAGGCUGUCAAUCGAAACAACGGCAUGCUCGAUGACUUUCUUCGAGAGCUGGAUGCAACUGCAUCGGAUGACGAUAAGCUAGGCCCUAUUAUACGGAGCUUGCACUUCCCUGGUAUUGAAGCCAGAGAGAGGUUAAUACCCGAGCCGUAUGCGAAGACGUACCAGUGGAUCUACCGGGACGAAAUGAGAUACAAGCAAGCCUCGACCACGAUGAGGGUUCAAAGCUUGCCCCAGUGGUUGCAGGAUUCAACAAACAAGGUAUAUUGGAUCACAGGCAAACCGGGAUCUGGAAAAUCGACAUUGAUGAACUUCGUUAUCCACAAUCCUCUAACGAAACAAUACCUAAAGGAUUGGGCCGCACCUUUUCCUCUGGUUCAAGCGCAGUUCUACUUCUGGGAGGCCGGUCAAAGUAGCAUGCAAAGAUCACAGCAGGGUAUGAUGCAGACCCUUCUUUGGCAAUGUUUGCGGCAAAAACCUGAUUUAAUUCCCCGAGUAACCCCUAGAAGAUGGAUGGUGCAUCAGGUAUUACGCGGACUGGAAACACCUGCACCCCCAUGGACCUGGGAAGAGCUUCGAACUGCUUUCACCAUCAUAGCAUCUCAGAAUGAUCACUCAUUCAAGUUGGUACUAUUUCUAGAUGGACUGGACGAAUUUGCAGGUGAUCCAGCCGUAGUAGUCAGCUUUGUGAAAGACUUGGUUGCGAGCUAUGGUGUCAAGAUAUGUGUAGGCAGUCGCCCAUGGACAGAUUUUGCGGAUGCCUUCGAUCAAUAUCCGAUGCUGAUCAUGCAGUCUCAAACUCGAAAUGACAUCUCGGAAUAUAUCACAGGCAAAUUUGAAGCUUGCAGAGCGUUCCGCGAGCGCAAGGCGGUUUUCCCCGACCAAGCCAAGCGCCUACUCCAGGAUAUAUCAAACAAGGCCCAGGGAGUCUUCUUAUGGGUGUUCCUCGUCGUGAGGGAUUUGAUCCAUAGUCUCUCAAGAGGAAGAAGCUUGAGUGAUCUUCAGAUGAUUGUUGAUGAUCUACCUACCGACUUGGAAGCCCUGUACACGAAGAUGAGGGAGAGAGUUGAGCCAAAGGAUAUGGAAAACUCGGCUCGCUAUUACCAACUUAUUGUUUCUGCGCUUAAGCCAUUGCACAUGGUAACAAUUUGGAUGAUAGAUGGAGAGGCACUUCCAGAUGGAGACACUUUCACUAAAGAGAUGGAAGACAACAUUAGGAAAAUACUACAAAGACGCUUGGAUAGCUCCACGAAAGGGCUGUUGGAACUUGAUGACAAUGGCUUUAUCAACUUUCUUCAUCGUACAGCACGAGACUGGGUGAUCCAAGGCAGUCAGAGUGCGCAGUUCAAAGCUCAAGCCCCUCGGAGUUUCGAUCCAAAUCUAGCAUUGGUACAAGUUCUCACUAAACAACUACCGCACGAGAAAAUAUACCAGCACAUAGGCCACUCUCAUAUUUCAUUUUGGAGUUUCGCUGUACUUGGGUUCUUGUACGCAGGACAAGUCGGCAGCUCACCCCACACUGAUCAUCUUCUGAUCCAAGCAAUCGAAGAAUUCGACGCUGCCUUAUGUCAACGAGCGACUUACCUAGGAAAUAAGGGUUUCGUCUUCACAUCCAAUACUAUAAAGCCUCAACCAGGAGUGGUAGAUACACGACUAGCUGAUAAGACUCACCCAUGGUAUUUCUUUGGACGUAGGAAUAGAGAGGACAUGACGCCUCCUGAUCCCUGUUUUGACCACUGGACGUGUACACAAUACGGAGCAUCAAAUUUUCUCUUUACCCACUCUACUAUACUCGGCACAAUUGGCAUCGCUGCACAGUUCGGUAUAGUUCCCUACGUGCUAGAGAUGAUGAGGCGGGAUAAGAAUUUGCUCAAGGGUGGCGCUCUUUCGGCCCUCUUACAAGAUUCGUUAUUUGGCUGGCAGCUAUAUAAAUACCGGACGUAUGAAGAUGUUUCUGAAUUUUAUAACAUUGACGAACAGGCUCAAGAGAGGAUGGAGAAUCAAAGGAUUGGCAUACUAAUGACCAUACUCGGACAUGGGAAAUCACUAUACACGCCGUGCUAUGAUGCCUUGGCAUUGAUCGAGAAACUAGACAAUGCGUUUAAGAUCAGGAUAGGAUCCAAGAGUUACUGGGAAAAGGCCACCAUGAUUUUAGAUACUAGUAUGAGAAGGAGAGGUUCUAAAAAGAAGUGA